AUGUCGUCUAACAAGCGGCAUUCUAUGCUGCCCGCCGUCUCCAAUACUGGCCCGCGACCUCCAGUCAACUUCUCCUCCUCCCUCACCGUUUCCGACAGCGCGAUUCUUGUUGGGACGCACUCGGUUACGAUACAGUCCGAAAGCGUACUGCACCCCCGAUGCAAGCUUGAGUCUACGAACGGCAGCAUCCUGAUGGGCCGCCGCUGCAUCGUCCACGAGCGAGUACACAUUGGCGCAGUUGGAGACGAGGAAGCUAGCGGAGGCAUCGCGCUCGGCGACUACGUGAUAGUAGAAGUCGGAGCUGUUGUCGAGGCAGGAGGCACAGAGAUCGGGUCGGACACGGUGAUCGGAGUCCGAUCUCGGAUCGGCCACGGAGCUAUCAUUGGCAAGAACUGCACGAUAUCGCCCCUCACCGUCAUCAAGCCCGGCGAGAAGAUUCCCGACUUCACCGUGGUGUAUGCGAACGGCCAGAGACGGACGGAUCGACGCAGCGUGGCAGAUUUGAAGCACAAGGCGCAGGCGCGGCAGAUUGAUGUGCUGAGGAGGCUGAUACCCAACAAGGCCGAGAAGUGGCUGAGUUAA